AUGAGGCAUAUCCCCGUCAUCCGCUACUCCAGGAGGCUCCUCCUUGGGGGCAUUGGAACCGGCGUCUGUUACGGGGCCUUUGUGGCCAGUUCUAAUCCCGUUCGAUUCGACUCGCGCCAAAAGUCGCCUUCAACGCCGGCGCAACUUGCAGACACAUCGCGGGAACCACGACUCUCUCCUCGCAUCAUCCGGCAAGUAUCUGCAGGCAGCAUCAUCGGAUUCGGCACCGGACUUGUCGUUUCCAUCUUCUCACGCACUCUUGUCUUCAUCGGCGGAGUGUUGGCGGCUUGUUACCAGCUCGCCUCCUCGUACGGGCCAGGCCUGCCGAGCAUUGUUUCUUCUCACAAGUUUCUCACGGACAAUUUCCCUUUUCUAAAAGUUGGCACAGGCAAUGGCUGGUUUGUAGCAUCUUUCAGCUUGACCUUCAUCUUAGCAGCGUUUGCCCGCCUCUAA